UUUCCAAGAGGAAGACGCCAUAAUCACUUCACAACAACUUGUAGGGCAACAAAUUGAUCAAAGAUGGGAUGUUUACAAUCUUCCGAAACAAAAUCUGAACAAGAAAAUGACAAUGCCGAAACUAAACCGAAAGUUUAUAGCUGGGAAAAACGAGGCAAUAUUGAUCCAAAUGAUUACAUCACAGAACAACUAAAGGAUGAGACUGUUGGAAAGUUGCCUGGGAAACUAAAUGGUCAACAGUACAUCAUCCAAAAUUGUGAGGGAUGUAAGAUAUACAUAUUUGAUCACACUGCUACAGUCACUGUUGAUGAUUGUGUGGAUUGUAAGAUAUUCCUUGGACCCAGUAAAGGCAGUGUUUACAUUAGAGAUUGCAAAGAUUGCAGUUUUGUCCUAGCUUGUCAGCAAUUUAGGACGAGAGAUUGUAAAAGGCUGGAUAUCUUUCUGUGCUGUAACACUCAGCCUAUCAUAGAGUCUUCAACUGGCAUGAAGUUUGCUUGUUUCCAAUAUAACUACCCUGAAUUAGAAGAUCAGUUUGAUGCAGCUGGUCUCAGUCUCUAUAACAAUAACUGGAGCAGUAUUCAUGACUUUACGCCCGCUGCUGACGUUGAAACAUGGUCACUUUUACCAGAGAAUGCGAAAGUUUCAGACUAUGUUCCAUUACCACCUGUUGAUUCCUUUCCUGAGAUAGAAGUUUCAGCAGAUUCGGAUUCCAGCAUUGUUCCUUUGACUUUGGGUAGCAGAAGGAAAAAAUCAGAUGAGUCAUGUUUGGUUGUGUUCUAUCCAGGACCAGAAGCAAGAAACAAUGUAAAAUCGUACUUGCGGGAAGUUAAAACGAAGACCUCGUAUCAACUGGUUCAAACCAAAGAGGUUCAAAUGACCAUUGAAGAUGCCCAAAGGGUGUUUGGAAGUGAACACGAUGGAAGCAGUAUUCAACAAGGUGCUGUCAUUGGUUUAGAAAUCAACGGCGAUGGCUGCGUGAAGACUUGCAAUGAAUUGUUGGACACGUUAUUGGAAGGGAGAAACAAAUCUGAACUUGUGUUUAUAUCAAGAAGUAAAGAGAAGUCAGCUAAAAAUAUAGAUGAUUUUUAUAAUUUUGUCGAUAUGACCAUGUCAUAACACAGUGCUGCACAUGCAUAGAUUGUAAAAUAUUGUAUUAAUUGUAUAGAAUAUAGAAGUUUAUUAUAUUAAUUUAUAUCUUGCAAAAUAAUGUGCGAUGACUACCUGCGAUUCAUUUGAAAUCAAUUAAAGUUAGGGUCUUUCUGAGUAACUUUGUAUUUGAUAACUACAGGGUGUCCAAAAAGUCCCCUCUAUU